AUGGCACCCCCGCGCCAGCGCACCACAGCAAUCAUGGACGACUCGAGGUCCGAAGCCUCAAGCGGCACAAGAGACUAUCCAAAGCCGAAGUCCCGCAGACCAGCAAAAGACAAAGCCUCCGUGACCAGUGCGCCCGUCGAGCACGACGACCAACCAAGACUCCCAUGGACAGAUCUCCCUCUCGAAAUCCUCCAUUCAUACCGCCACGUCCAUAAACUUCCCACUCCCUCCGCCUUCGCAAGCGACUACUCCCGCAUCGUCCUCUCUCAGGGCGUCGGCCUCCGCUCCCCUACCUCUCUCGCUGCUCGCCGCGCACAGUCCCAACCAAACGGACACAAUCACACCAGAACCGGGGCUGUGACUGACUCUUCGCUGCGACGGACUGUUGGCCAAGACCGCGUGAGCAAAGACCAAUUUGCGCUCGUUGUCCGGAGACACUUUAACAGUGCGGGUCUUUCGGAGCAAGAGACCAUUGCGCGGUUUUUGUAUACUGUUCGUGAGGAGAGGAGGGGGAGACAGUUCCGAUUGCGGUUCCAGCCAUAA